AUGUGCAAAAAGUUGAAUCAGUUCAUGAGAAAGCUACAAACUUGCUGCUUAUUCACAAGACUCUCCAAAAGGGUAGAGAACUGUGGUGAGUUCGAGGAAGAAGGUAAUGCUGCAACAUUGAUUCCCAGCGAUGUGAAGAAAGGGCAUGUGGCUGUGAUUGCGGUUAAAGGAGAGAGAGCUAAGAGGUUUGUUUUGGAGCUCAAAGAGUUGAACAAACCAGAGUUCAUGAGGCUGCUUGAACAGGCGCAAGAGGAGUUUGGGUUUCAACCCAGAGGUCCUCUGACCAUUCCGUGCCAACCAGAAGAAGUACAGAAGAUUCUACAAGGAAGUAGAAAGGAAAAGUCUUGA